CUCCAUUUAUUCCCUUUUUCACAGCCUCUAAGCUUGUAUAUAAGCACCCCCAUUAUCACACAUUUCCCUUCACCAUUAAUUCUCUUCAUCUUCUUCACCCAUACGCAGCCCAACAAAACAAACACAUUUAUCUAUAUCUCAAGUACCCUUUCUUCAGGUUAAGUAGUGCAGAAAAUAUGAGCAGGCCAGGAGAUUGGAACUGCAGGUCUUGCCAGCACCUCAACUUCCAGAGGCGGGAGUCGUGCCAGCGAUGCGGAGACCCCAAGUCUGGUGACUUCGGCGGGGGGUUCGGAGGAAGAGGAGGAUCAUCAUUCGGGUUUACUGGGUCUGAUGUCCGACCGGGCGACUGGUACUGCAGUGCAGGCAACUGUGGAGCCCACAACUUUGCGAGCCGCUCCAGCUGCUUCAAGUGCGGUGCAUUCAAGGACGACGGAGCUGGAGGUUAUGAUUGUGAUAUGCCGCGCUCCGGCCGGGGUUUUGGUUUAGGGGGCGGCGGAGGCAGCGGUCGACCUGGAUGGAAAUCUGGCGACUGGAUUUGCACCAGGUCGGGAUGCAACGAGCACAACUUUGCUAGCAGAAUUGAGUGCUUUAGAUGCAAUGCUCCCAGGGACUCGUACUAGACAACAUCUUUAUUAUCCAAUUUUGGGCCAAUUAUAUAUUAGCGAGAGAUAUGGAGUACUAUUGCUAGUGAGCGCGGUUUCAUGAUGAUCAUUAAUUGUUUUGGGGUGUGAAACAUUGGUUUUAAGAAGCCAUGUUCACAUAAUUAAAAAUCGUUAUAUAUAUAUAUAUAUGUUAUGUGUGCCUGGCAAUAUUUUUGUUAGGUUAAUUUCCCAUAAAAUUUAUAUUAAAAAGGAAUGGAUGUAGUUUUUGGUGCUUUCGAUUUAUCCAAUGUUAAUGUCUUUGUGUUAAUUAAAGCGUUUGUUUAUUGUACUCUGCAUGCAUUGCUUUUUUAAAUGAAAUUGAUUCCUUCCUCCUU